CAAAAGCAGGGAGGCGGAACGAGGAUGGCGACGUGAUGGCAGGGGUAGCUUGAUCGCCGACAUGCCCAAGGAUAAGGACAAGAGCAAGCGCCCGCCGCUCAAGGAUCGGGAGGCUUAUGAGCGCAUGAGUUUUCUCUUUCAGGCGGCUCGUUCCGUGUUGACCGAAAAUGCGCCUCUACAAGUUGAGCUCAGUCGGCACUACGUUAUAUGCAUGCGUGCUAUUGCGCGGCGCCUUGUGGCCCGUCUGGACCCAACGCUAAAGCGUCAAAUCUGCCAGCAAUGUUGGGUUGUACUCGUUCCGGGUAUCACUUCCAAACAAGCCAUCCGUAGUGGUAAGCUUCGGAUUGACUGCCUAUCGUGUGGGCACCAACGCCGACUACCCAUUGACAACCGCAGCCACGAGCUGGCGACGACUCGUCCCGCAGGUCCUGGUCGGUCUGGCUUCUUGGACUCGAUGCCGCCGCAUCCCAAAAAGAAGCAGCAACAACCUCCGCCGCCAAGUUCGACUGAACCAUCAACUAGCUAG